UGUUGAAUUGAUUCUCAAAAAAAAAACAAUAAAAUGGCCAAACUUGCAGGACUACUCAACCUUCUCCUCGUGGUUUCCGUGGUUGUAGGGUUGGCAGGCUACGCCGCCGCGCAGGCGGAGGGGUUGGGACCGGCGGCCUCAGGCGGGAGAAUAGAGGAGAAUGACGUGAAGAACAACAUUGAGGUUCAACAGCUGGGGAGGUACUGCGUAAUAGAGUACAAUAAGUCCCUGCAAGUGAGGAAGCAUCCUGAGAACGGUCCCAAGAGGCUGAGCUUCUCGGAGGUGAUCAAGGCGGAGAAGCAGGUGGUGGCCGGAUUGAAGUACUACCUCACCAUCAAGGCCGCCGGCUCCGACGGCCAGAUCAAGACCUUCGACGCCGAGUUGGUGAUCAAUCCGCCUGAAUCUUUUAAGAAGAUGCUCGCCUUUGCACCAACCACACAAAAUUGAUACUCUUUUUUUUUUCCGGUCAGUCCGCCGCCGUGGCGUGGCGUGGCUGGUAUUUUGUCAUGCAUGCAUGCGUAGUAGGUAGUUAGUCCCCGGUUAGUUUCCUUCAAUAUA